AUGAAUGACUCUGUUAUCCCGGAGCUAUAUCCAGAGUCUGAAUACAAUCCUAGUCGUGAUGUUGUGGAAGGUGAUGGACGCAUUAGCAUAGAGGACUUACUGAAUCCUCUUAGUGAGAAGCCUACUUAUGGAAAACUUAGGAAGAGAGAGCUUCAGAUUAAGAAGAAUACUAGAACUGUUCAUGCGCCACUUUCAAAGGCAGUUCAAUCGAAGGUUGAGAGAACAACAGCCUAUGAGAGAUCAAAGAAAGAUGUCACCAAGUGGCAGCCUAUUAUUCAGAGAAAUAGAGAGGCACCAACUAUUUUCUUUGAUGAAAAUGUAAAUCUAGGAUUUUCAACUGUAGGAGCAAUAGCGUCUGAAUUUGAACCUAGAACUGAAUUUGAAAAGAAAAUAGCUGCACUAGUUUAUGAUGACAAAGUUGUGGAAGCUCAUAAAAUGGAUGGUUCUAAGCUUCUUGAAAUGAACCAGGUGUCUAUUGAAGAUGAGAAGGAUAGGCAAAAUCGGAUUGCUAAAAUGCGGAGCCUUCUUUUUCAUCAUGAAAUGAAGAAAAAGCAUAUUAAAAAGAUAAAGUCCAGAACAUUUCAUCGUCUGUUGAAGAAAGAUAGGUUAAAGGCAGAAGCUUCUCAGAUACAAAUGGACCCCGAAGCUGCUAAAGAAUAUGCCAUGAAACGAGAGCGUGAAAGGGCUGAGGAACGCAUGACUCUAAAACACAAAAACCAUAAUAGGUGGGCUAAGCGUAUUAUACAGCGUGGUUUAAAUAGUCAAGAUGAAGGAACUCGUGCUGCUAUUGCUGAACAACAUCUAAGGCAUGCUGAAUUGACAAGAAAAAUGCACUCUAUGAACGGUAGCAGCAGUAGCAGUGAAGAUACCAGUGAUGAGGAUGAGGAUGAGAACUCUGCUGCUUCUGAUCAGGAUAGAGCUUACAAGCUUUUGGGAAAAGCUAAAGAUAAAACAAUGAAAGUGUUGGAGGAAGAAGAUGAAGUUCCCAAAUCAGGAUUGCUUUCUUUGCCUUUUAUGAGGCGUGGAUUGGAGAAAAGAAAAGAGGAAGCUGUUGAAGAAGCUAAUCUUGCUUUCCAAGAAUAUGAAGAUUCUUUGAAGAAGCUUGAGAAUUCUGGUGGCUCAGAAGAUCUAAAAGCUGCUUUGACCAGUGGCAGAAGAGUAUUUGGACCAGCCAAAGCUCAGAUAUCUGGUACCAGUAUUAAGGAAAAAUCAGAUAACUGCUAUGAAGGCAGUGAUAGUGAGGAUGAUUUGGGAAUCGGCAAAAGUGGCAACAUGGAGAAUAUGGAAAGUGACCUUUUGCAUAAUGAGGAUUUAGUUGUAAUGCAACAAGAAACCGAUACUCUCCAGAAGUCUGUUUUUAAGAACAUUGAUGAUAUUAUUGAAAAUCCUGGGCCAAAAACUACAUAUGAAGUUUCCAUGUUUGUGUCAGAUUCAUGGAAAAAGGCAAAAAACAAAAAUGAAGACACAGCUAUGAAGAAGUCUCCAAAGCUUACAGGGCCAGUUAGGCAAGAUAUAAAAGAUACUGAAAAGGAACUUAGAGAGGAUAGUGAUACCGAUAGUGAAGGACAGAUGGUGGAUGGAAUUCUGUCUUCUGUUUCUAAAGUGCCUUAUGAACUUCCUUCUCAAGAGGAGCUCAUUCGGCUAACUUUUGCUGGGGAUGAUGUAGAAGAUGAUUUUGAAAAGGACAAGCAGGAAAUCCUCAACCUAGAAAAUCCUGAGCCAGAAAAGCCUCUAUUACUUCCUGGCUGGGGCCAGUGGACACAUAUACAGGAAAAGAAAGGUUUACCGUCGGGGAUGCUGAAAAAACAUGAAGAGGCCCAAACAAAGAGGGCAGAGGCUCUCAAAAAGAGGAAGGAUGCUCGGCUAAAACAUGUGAUUAUAUCUGAGAAGAUAGACAAGAAGGCUGAGAAACUGCAUACUAAAUCAUUGCCUUUCCCGUUUACUUCCAAAGAGGUCUUUGAACAGAGCAUGCGUGUGCCUGUCGGACCUGAAUUUAAUCCAGCAUCUGCAAUUGGUCUUCUUAAUCGACCAGAAGUGGUGAAGAAACCAGGUGUUAUUAUAAAACCAAUAGAGUUUGAAGACGUGAAUCCUCAUGAAAAACCAGAACAGCGUAGUGGUGGUGAUAAGCGAAAGUUAAAAAAAAAUAGUCGCAUUGGUGGCAAAUCCAUAAAAAAGGCGAAAGCAGGAGGCAAAAGUUAA